AUGCAACGAUCCCCACGAGACGACAACCCCGACAACGACCAUGAGGCUGGAGAGAUUCGCUCUCGUCACCCACAUCACCAACAAAGGACGAUACCAAGGACUGGUGCGGUCAGGUCUGUCGAGGGAUGGGUAGUAUUUGUUACUGGAAUUCACGAGGAAGCACAAGAAGACGAUAUCAGCGACGCCUUCUCCGACCAUGGGACUGUGACAAAGAUGCAAAUGAACGUCGAUAGGCAGACUGGCCUUGCCAAAGGUUAUGCCUUAGUCGAGUAUGCGUCCCAAACAGAAGCACAGGAUGCCAUCAAUAACUUGCACGGUGCCAAAAUACUGGGGAAAACCAUUGCUGUCAAUUGGGCCUUCGUUAAACCAACGGGAUAUCGAUAG